AUGGGCUUCUGUCUGUCCAAGUGCCUGCACAGCGACAUGGCGGCCGAGCUCGAAGCCGAACUGGACGAAUCCCGUCACAGCUACGUCCAGCACCAGGCCGUCGAGCAGUCGACGUUUGGCACGACGUCUCUCCUCGCGGCCGAUGAAGUCGUGUGUCUCGAGGUGAUUGGCGAAGGGCCGUCGAGUGUGAUCUACAAGGGCUCGUACCGCGGCAGUGUCGUGGCCGUCAAGAAGAUGAAAAUGGUGUCGCUGCCGCCUAAGUCGCUGGCGAGGGAGAACGUCGAGAUGGAGCUCGAAGUGGAAGCGACGCGGAUGGGCAGUCUGCGGCACCCGAACACUGUGCUGUUCAUGGGCGCGUGCCUGCAAGAAGACCACUUUUGUAUCGUGAGUGAGUACUGCACGCGGGGCUCGCUGUUUAAUGUGCUGCACGCUCCUAAGGCAUCGGCGUCAGGCAGGCGGCACAAGCGAAAAGACUCGGAGCUGACGUCGCGGGCCGUGUUGACCGCGAGUGCCUCGGGCAGUCUUGGAGGCACGCCGGCCAAGAAGGUGAAUCUCAAGUGGAGUCUGCGGAUACGGCUUGCACUAGGAGCAGCUCGAGGACUGCUGUAUCUGCACAGCGCAGACCCGCCGCUUGUCCAUGGACAGCUCAAGAGCACCAACAUUCUAGUGGACGACUCGUGGAACGCCAAGCUGGCGGACUUUGGCACGAGGCGCGUGGCCGAAGCCGUUGGCUUUGACCGGAGCAGGAUGGACAGCAUUGACGUGCGCUCGGCGUUAUUGCGGUGGACGGCACCAGAGCUCUUGAGACUGGGUGAGGAACGCGUCCUGAAGGGGGCGUUUCCGAGCGACUGCAGCAGUCCUCAGGCCGUGGACAUCUUUAGCUUCGGACUCAUCAUGUGGGAGCUCACGACAGGCGAGUUGCCAUACACAGACAUGCGCUCGAACGCUGAGAUCAGCGAGUACGUGCUGUCGGGCUGCCGACCAAUUAUGAAGCCCGGUCAGUGCAAUAUGAAAUGGGCGGAGCUCAUGGCUCGAUGCUGGUCGCACAACCCGUCCAGGCGACCGAGCGCAGCAGAGAUUGUUUCGUCGCUCGAGAGCAUCAGCAAGGCAGACGCAAUUGCCCAAUCGGCCAAGAAGGAGACGCGUGUGGUGAACAGCAACCGCGCCGACUACCGCUUUGCAGAUAAGCCACGCUCGCGAUCGCGAGAACCGUCUCGGACGAAGAACAACGUGCGCGUUGUUUCGUGA